AUGAGGGAGCCGACGGGGAACCUGCGGGUGCUCUUCCUCACCCUCGAGUUCCGACACGGGACGUUCAGCGGCAAUGGCGUCCUGGCGCAGUCGCAGGCGCACGGCCUCGCGAAAGCCGGGCACGCGGUCUUGGUCGUGAGCGGCUGCCCCGACAACCUCGACGUCACUGACGAUUCGCAGCGCGAGAUUUCCCAAACCGCCGGGGCGGUGGAGGUUCGUACGCUCAGGGUUCCGGCGUCGAAGUGGGGUAAGCUCACCGCCCGGUGCCCGUGGAGGGAGCUGGCGGACGCCGCGCACGCGGACGAGCCCCUCCACGAGCGGAUCCGAAGCUUCGCCCCCGACGUCGUCCUCGGGAUCGACUGGCACGUCACCCCAACCUGGCGCGCGCUGAGACGACGCGUCUGGCGCGACUCGGACGCCGCGCGCGAGACGGACCCGAACGGAAUGAAUCCGGACAUCGCGUCCUCCUCUCCCUACCCGCCGUUCGUGUACAGCAACUACCGCGUGUUCGCCCGCGACGGCGACCCGACGCACGCCGCCAAGGAGCGGGACGCGGUGGAGGAAGCAGCCGCCGUCGUCGCGCUGUGCCAAGUCGACGCCGACUACCUGUGCGAGGAGCUGUCGCCCGAGGGAGCGGCGGUGGCGCCCGGGGUGGUCAUCGCGCCCCUGAGGGAGGACGUCCACGCGCUCGCGACGCACGCGCAAACGCCGAUGACGCCGGCGACGACGGCCGAGAAUGGGGUGGAGUUGGACGAGACCGGGGCUCAACAUCUCGAGAGGGUCGCGCCGUGGAGGCUGGACGCGGUUCCCGGACAAAACACUCCUCGGUUCCUGCUCACGUGCUGCGUCCGCCUGUCCCCCGAGAAGGAGCCCGAACGGUUCGUGAGCCUGUGUGCCGAGCUCGUGCGCAGGGGCGUCGUCCUCGGGGGUACAAACGAACCCGGUACCACAGAGAUUGUGCCCGUCUUGUGCGCGUCCACGGCUGGCGAUUACGCGGAGACGAUCCGUGCCAAAUUUCUCGACGCGACGCGCGGGAAAGGGCUGGUGUGCCGCGACUUUCUCGACGCGCGCGGGAUGGCGAGUGUGUACCGACGGACGGUACUGAACGUCCACCCGUGCGCGUACGACGCGUACGGCAUGACGGUGGUGGAGGCUGCCGCGUUCGGGGCGCCGAGUUGCGUGCAGAGGGGGGAUUCGGUCGGGUGCUGCGCUUUACUGAGCGAGACUGGGAACGAGUUCGUGCCCGUCGAUUGGACCAAAGAUAAAGGUGAUAAAGUCGAUUUAAUCGCGGACGCCGUGGAGGCGUACCUGCGCGCGGGAUGGGACGGAUCCAAGCGUGGCGGCGAUGAGCACCACGACGACGACGAUUCCUUGCGCGCCAUCGGGACGCGCGCAAGGCGCAGGGCGCUCGGGUGGGACCUCUUCGCGUGCGGGAGGGACAUCGCGAAGAUCUUGACCCGAGCCGUCCGCGGCGAUCCGUCUGGACGCUUCCGGUGGACGCUUCCGGAUGCGACGGAGCAGAAGAGGCUGGCGCCGUUGUGGCGAGCGGCGACCAUCGCGGUGUGGCACUCCGGCGCGUGGCGAAUGAUCCGAUCGGAAGGCGACGACGACGACACCCGGGGGUUUUCAAAACAAGCGCAAGCGCGAGCGCUGCUGCCCGCGGGAACCUAUUUAAUCGUCACCGCGUACAACCCGAUGGGAACGCGAGCCGACCCGCGAUUAAACGAAGCGGCGGCGCGCGCCCUCGCGGCGUCGGUGCGAGACAUGCGACCGUCCCCGUCCGCGGUGCUUCCCACGCUGUCCGUGGACCCCGUCGGGGGUUUCGACGCGUGGAACGAGCCCGGUAUGGCGGUUCAGCUCCCAAUUGAGACGGAUGCACAGUCAGCGGAGGUAAAAACCGUGACGAUCCGACUGGCGAGGAGACACGGUCAGGCUGCCGUGUACGAGCUGACGUGCGAUUCCGACGGGGGGAUGCGAAUCGGCGUGACGCCGGUGUUCCCCGGUCUGGAGGGUCUGGCGUGCGCUGGGGUCGCCGCGGUGAAUGGCGGGAGCCCGCCGGCGUCCAUGCCCCGCUCCCCGCUGUGACCGCGGCUUCCAUCUGGUUCCGAAAAACGAGCGACGCGGCGGUCCUCUCGUUAAUGUUAUCGUAAAGCGUGGUAAGAUUACAGCGCGGCGCUACU